AUGUCGAAACGGUCAAAUCGUGGUAAAGAUUCCGGAAAAGACUCCGAGUCGGAAGUAGCUCACAAGCAAGGCGAAGUGGCAGCUAUGUUAAGCGAUAACUGUAAAGUUUGUGGUUGUUCGGAAAACAGUCGGAUGGUGUGUUGUGAUACUUGCGGUGAUUGGUAUCAUUUUGAGUGCGUAGGCGUGGACGAAGGCAUAGAGGAAGUGGAUUGGAGCUGCAAGGAUUGCGAAGAAAAACGUGUAGCUCGGAACACAGCUAGCUUGUCAACCUCGAAAGCAUCAAAUGACACAAAUCCUGCAUCACUGGGCACAGUUCCAAAAAGGUCAGAGGAAGUGCAGACUUUACAGAGGCAAAUGAACAACCUACUGGAGCAAAUGGGAAAACAAAAGGAAUCGUACGAGCGUUUGCUGAAAGCGCGAGAGCAAGAGCAACAAACAGUUUUGAAGCGGCAACAGGAACAAUUUAUGAAUCAGCUGAAAGCAAUGGAGCAGAAGUUUGCAUCGCGGCUACAGGUACCGAACGCGAACUCGACAACCAUUAAUCCUACUAGUGAUGCAGGUGGAAGUCUUCGGAAAACGCCCGGAGAAGCGGCAAAGAAUGUAGAACUGCAGCUUACGUUGUUGGCCGAGAAGCAGGCGCUUGAAAUGAGGCAUCUCGAUGAACGAAUGAAGAUGUUGCAGAUGAACAGCGGUAUCUGCAAUAGAUCCGAGGAUGGCGGUACAGGUUUGAAUCCUGGUGCACAGGAGUUUGUCCCACCGAUUGAGUCAUUUUGGCCUUCAUAUUCGUCUCAUGAUUUAAGUAGAAGCCAACUUGCAGCGCGCCAAGCGGUAGCCAAGGAGCUUCCAGCCUUCACGGGAGCACCGGAAGAGUGGCCCUUGUUCAUUGCCACCUACGAGAAUACCACUCGCAUGUGCGGGUAUAGUGAUGAAGAGAACUUGCUUCGUUUGCAGCGCAGUUUACGAGGAAAAGCUUUGGAGGCAGUUCGAAGUCGUUUGUUGUACCCGGCAGGACUAAGUGGAGUGAUUCAAACGCUGCGUACGUUAUUUGGACGACCGGAGGUGAUAAUCCAUUCGUUGGUGUGCCGGAUUCGGAAUAUGCCGCCACCGAAAACAGAAAGGCUUGGAACGCUAAUCGACUUCGGUGUCGCUGUUCAGAACUUGUGUGCGACAAUUAAGGCCUGCGGAUUGGAAGAGCAACUAUGCAAUACUGCGUUGCUUCAAGAGCUGGUUGAUCGGUUGCCGCCUACGAUUAAGCUUAAUUGGGCGCUGCAUCGACAAACAUUACCAUCUGUGUCACUUGCAGACUACGGAACAUGGUUAGAAAAGCUUGUAGAGGCGGCAUGUGUAGUCACUAUACCAUCCAGCUCAUCAUUUAGUGCGGUGAAAACGGAGAAACGGGGCAGAAGAGAAGACGUAAAUGUGCAUUUAGAAGCGGAUAGCGACUCAUCACCAAAACAAGCGCAUAAGCCGAUAAAUAAAGCGUGUCUCAUCUGCCAGGAAAACUGUAGUAGCGCAGUGGAUUGCAAAAGGUUUCGAAGUCUCGAUAUUAGUGGUCGCUGGGCAGCUUUAAAACAACACAAGUUGUGCCGUAAGUGCUUAAAAAAGCAUUUUGGAGCCUGUGAGGUGAAAACCCCGUGUGGCAGACGAGGGUGCACAUACAUGCAUCAUGAGCUACUACACGAUGACUCGAGGUAUAAAGCAGAUAUCUACCCCAAGUCAACCCAGUCAAGUGAAGGAAUGACGUCGCAGAAUUGUAACACGCACGUUAGCCAGUUCGGGAAAGUUCUUUUCAGAUAUAUUCCAGUAACAGUGCACGGACGCGGUGUGUCCGUCAAGACGUACGCGUUCCUGGACGAUGGUUCGUCAGCCACAUUUAUGGAGACUAGUCUACUAAGGGAACUUAAGUUGGACGGCGAACCCUACCCCCUCUGUCUGAACUGGACGGCGAAGCAAAAACGAGAAGAAAAGGACUCAGUGAAGCUUUCACUAGAGAUCUCAGGAGUUUGUGGCAAAAAGAAGCAAUUCCGGAUCCCGAAAGUGCACACAGUUCGCUGCCUCGCGUUGCCAAAUCAAACUGUGGAUAUGGACGAGCUAGCGUCGAAGUACGAGCAUCUAAAAGAUCUGCCUAUUGACUCGUACAGAAACAUCUCCCCAAGAUUACUCAUUGGUAUUGAUAACUGUAGGUUGGGUCACGCUUUGCAUAGUCGUGAAGGAAAAGAAGACGAACCUGUAGCUAGCAAGACACGACUCGGCUGGCUAAUCUACGGGCCUUGCUCUAUAACAACUGGAUCAGCGAACGAAAGUUAUUCGGCGUGUCACAGUUUUCACAUAUGUCCAUGUAGUGAGCAGCGCGAUACUGAGCUUCAUAGGAUAGUAAAGGAUUACUUUUCAUUGGAAAGCAUAGGCGUAGCGAAGACAGAUAAACCACCACUAUCGAAAGAAGACGAUCGAGCAAUCCGAUUACUGGAGAAGCACACCAUACAGAAAGGUGACCGCUAUGAAUCAGGCUUGCUCUGGAAGUACGAUGAUGUACGUCUGCCUAACAGCAAGGCGAUGGCUAUGAAGAGACUAGUAUGUCUGGAGAAGAAGCUGUUGAAGGAGCCAGACUUAGCAGAGGCCUUCGCUGAGAAGCUUCGUGAGUACGAGCGCAAAGGAUACACUAAAAAGCUUUCGCCAACCGAGUGCGAUGCCAGACACCCACGAUCGUGGUAUCUUCCGAUAUUUCCGGUUCAAAACCCGAAUAAACCCGGAAAACUGCGCAUAGUUUGGGACGCAGCAGCCGCAGUUAACGGCAUAUCGCUUAAUGCUAUGUUACUGAAGGGCCCAGACUUGCUUACUUCUAUCGUGACAGUGCUUUUCAAAUUCAGGGAGUUUCGGAUCGCCGUGGCCGGUGAUAUCGUUGAGAUGUUUCACCAAGUGUUGAUGAACGGAACGGACCAACAAUCCCUGAAGUUCCUCUGGAGAGGCUGCGAUCAGAGUCGAGAUCCAGAUGUCUAUGCCAUGGUUGUGAUGAUAUUUGGAGCAACCUGUUCCCCGAGUUGUGCGCUCUUUGUAAAGAACGUAAAUGCUCAACGCUUCGAAGAGCAGUUCCCAAGAGCGGUAGAAGCCAUUGUUCAUGAACAUUACAUGGAUGAUAUGCUCACCAGCGUUGAGUCGGAAGCUGAAGCAGGACAGUUAGCGAAGCAAGUAGAAUACAUUCACGGGCAGGCAGGCUUUCAGAUCCAUAACUGGUUAUCCAACUCCAAGAACGUGUUGGAAGCUCUAGGAGUAAAGGAUAGAAACGAGAAGAACUUGAACACCACAGCAGAACUUGCGUCGGAUAAAGUAUUAGGGAUGUGGUGGUGUACCUCGACAGAUACGUUGUUGUUUAAAUUGUCCCCUCGACAAGACUCCAAGCUGCUAACAGGACAGGUUGUUCCGACAAAGAGACAGGUACUUAGCACACUUAUGAAGAUCUACGAUCCGCUGGGGCUAAUCGGUAAUUUUCUCAUGUUCCUAAAGAUCCUGCUCCAAGAAAUCUGGCGUUCGGGUGUAGGCUGGGAUGAUCCAAUCGCAACCAAGGAAUGGGAUAAAUGGCGGCUCUGGUUGAAAAUCCUGCCCAGAAUCGAAUCCAUCCGAAUCCCUAGAUGCUAUCGCAAGAAUACCAGUACCGAAUCGAACAUUCAACUCCACGUUUUCGUCGACGCAUCCGAGAAUAGUUACGCUGCAGUGGCCUAUCUACGUUUUGAGGAAGGAGAAACCGUCGAAUGCGCAAUAGUCGGAUCAAAGGCUCGAGUCGCUCCAUUGCGGUUCGUCUCAAUCCCUCGUCUCGAGCUACAGGCAGCAGUGAUAGGAGUACGCCUCGCACAUUGUAUAACGGAUUCUCUUAAGUUGAAGCCAGCUCAGAGGAUCUUCUGGUCGGAUUCGCAGGACGUGAUCUGCUGGCUGAAUGCUGAUCAUCGUAAAUACAGUCAAUUCGUCGGCUGCCGUGUAGGUGAAAUACUGGAGAGUACGGAAGCUGCAGAAUGGAAUUGGAUCCCAACGAAAAGUAACGUAACCGAUGAUGCCACAAAAUGGCAAAGACUGCCCAAUCUGUCGUCCGAAGGUCGCUGGUUUCGAGGUCCCAAGUUUCUAUGGGAAUCAAAAGACAAAUGGCCCAUUAAGAAAUCUAACCCCGAGCCUACUGCUCUAGAGUUGCGUGCCCAUGCGUUGCAUCACAACUGCCUAGAGUCGACAAUUAAGAUGGACAAAUUCUCCCAAUGGAAGCGUCUAGUGCGACAUGUGGCCUUCGUUUGGCGGUAUCCGUUGAAUAUACGUAGAAAGAAGAAGAAAGUUAGCCUCGUCGUCGGCCCACUCACUCAGGAAGAGUUGGCAAGAGCAGAGAACUGCAUCUACAAGAUCGUCCAAGCUGAGGUUUUUUCGGAAGAGAUACGGAUACUUCAAGAAGCCAACCAGGAGCCAUGGGCGAGCAAGCGGAGUUUGCCUAAGCAUAGUAGCCUCUACAAGCUUAGUCCCAACUUCGAUAAGGAAGGUGUACUGCGUUUACACGGUCGCAUUGAUGCGUGCGAUUUCAUAGGAGAUGAGACAAAGCAUCCGAUUAUACUUCCCAAAAGCCAUCACGUGACCGAUUUAAUUAUAUCGCGUAUCCAUGAACAAUAUUGUCAUCUCAAUCACCAAACAGUCUUGAACGAGGUACGGCAGAAGUAUUAUGUACCAAGACUUCGAGCCGUCUACCGUCGUAUAAGAAACAACUGCCAAUUCUGCCGCAUAAGAAACGCGAAACCCCAACCACCGAUGAUGGGAGAUCUUCCGUCGAUGCGUAUGAAAGCAUUUAUUAGGCCAUUUUCGUACGUCGGCAUCGAUUAUUUCGGGCCAAUGCCGGUAUUGGUAGGCCGCAGAGUAGAGAAACGAUGGGGUGUACUGAUAACGUGUAUGACCGUCAGAGCAGUACACAUCGAAAUUGCCCACUCACUGUCCGCUGAAUCCUGUAUAUUCGCUAUUCGCAACUUUGUUACACGAAGAGGAAUACCACUAGAAAUAAUCAGCGACCGUGGCACAAAUUUUAUAGGUGCUAGUCGCGAAUUACGGGACGCUCUGGAUAAAAUGAACCAAAACAAGGUAAUCGAGAGCUUCGUGAGCUCCCAGACCAAAUGGUCUUUCAACCCUCCCGCAGCGCCACACUUUGGAGGAUGCUGGGAAAGGCUCAUCCAAUCAAUAAAAAAGACCUUGAACAACAUUAAACCCAAUCGAACACCCACCGAUGAAAUGCUUCGAAACAUGCUCCUUGAAGUAGAAGCAAUAAUCAAUGCUAGACCACUGACCGAAAUACCACUCGACUAUGGUGAAGCGUCACCGCUCACCCCGAACGACAUCCUUAUCGGAUCAUCGAACGGUUCCAAGCCCUCGAUCGCGUUUAACGACAGUGCUGCCGUAGUGACGUGCUCCUGGAGGAUGUCGCAGGUGUAUGCGAACGAGUUCUGGCGCCGAUGGGUCGCCGAGUAUCUCCCAACCCUCACCAAAAGGACUAAGUGGUUCCAACCCGUCAAACCAUUAGCGGAAGGGGACAUUGUCAUCGUAGUCGACCAAAACCAGCCCAGGAACUCGUGGCCAAAAGGACGAAUCAUCGAAGUUGCCAGAUCAAAAGACGGACAAGUCCGUCGGGCCUCGGUACAAACAGCUACCGGAAUACUCGAGAGACCAGCCGUUAAACUAGCCGUCUUAGAUGUUGCUUCGACUCCCACUGGUGCAAUCAUCAAUUAUGUUAUAGUGGAAGUGGGAACUACCAUCAACGGUUACGGUGGCUUUCGGGCAGACUUGGUCCGCGGUGCCAUCGGGACCAACCACAUCCGGUUGGAUGUUCAUGCGGAGCCCGUUUGGGGACCGUUUCUCAACGAUGUGUUUAUCGAAAUGAGAUGUCCAGCGACGGCCAGGAUCAAACUGAACGAGCUGUACGCGCUGGCUUCGCUGGCCCCGGAAGUGUUAUCCAAUCAAACUGUAGCAGAAGAGAAUUUGUUUUUGUAG